GUGAUUUAUAAUAAUGAUUAAUCGUAUAUCGUGAAAUCAUCAAAUUUCAGGCAAAUAAAACCAUAAUAUGCAUCGAUACUGUGAUACAUUUACAUUAAUUGCAAGUGACUAUUGUCAUGUUGCGCGAUGCUUGUGGAAAGUAACGGUAUACUUCUGAAGCUUUCACAUCGUACGCCAUCGAAUUUCUGAUUCUGGAUUCUGGAUCCACAGUUUUACAGGAGAGGCUCGUCGCUACAUACAAAGACGAGUUACUGUACUUAGUUCACAUUAUGGGGUUCGAUGUGAACCGCUUUCAGGGCGAAGUUGAUGAGGAACUUGUUUGUCCGAUAUGCUCCGGUGUUUUGGAGGAUCCUGUCCAGGUGAGCAAUAUGUUGCAGGCACCUGUAUGUGAACAUGCCUUUUGUCGUACAUGCAUUAAUGAAUGGAUAAAUAGACAGCCUACCUGUCCUUUGGAUCGUACACCAAUUACAUCUGCUCAGCUUAGAGCAGUUCCAAGAAUUCUUCGGAAUCUGUUGGCCCGCCUUUGUAUUAGUUGUGAUAACAUUAUGUACGGAUGUCAAGUAAUAGUUAAGCUUGAUAGUUUAGUGUCACACUUGGAGCAAUGUGAAUAUAAUCCCAAGAGACCGAUGCUUUGUGAACAAGGAUGUAGUCUUAUUAUUCCUAAAAAUGAGCUAAAAGAUCAUAAUUGUGUGAGAGAACUCAGAAACAUUAUACAUUCGCAACAACAAAAGCUUGCUGAUAUGAAACGUGAAUUAGGUGAACAACAACUUCAAAUAAAUGAACACAAAAGGGAAAUACAUCUUUUGAAAGACUUUAUGAGAGCAUUGAGAGUUUCAAAUCCAGCAAUGCGUGCCAUCGCUGAUCAAAUGGAAAGAGACGAAGUUGUAAGAUGGUCUGCUACCCUUCCUAGAGCAAGAGUAACAAGAUGGGGAGGAAUGAUUUCCACCCCGGAUGAACUGUUGCAGACGAUGAUAAAGAGAACUUUAUCAGAAUAUAAUUGCCCGCCUCAUGUAAUCGACGAAUUAAUGGAAAAUUGUCACGAAAGGAAGUGGCCUCCAGGCUUAAACUCCCUUGAAACCAGACAGAAUUCCAGAAGGCAAUAUGACAAUUAUGUUUGUAAAAGAGUCCCUGGUAAACAAGCAGUUCUAGUUCUUUAUUGUGAUAAUACUCAUAUGCCGGAAGACAUGAUGGUUGAACCUGGACUAGUGAUGAUUUUUGCACAUGGCAUAGAAUAAAAUCUCAUACCAAUGUACUGUGCAUGCCCAGAUAAUUUGAUGUUCAUCUAUUCUGUUGUUUGUUAUAUUCACUGUGACUAACUUUCAAGGUGCAUGGAAUAUCUUCGUACUUAUGUGCAAAUAUUGGAAUAUUUGCAUAAUUCAUCUUACGAUUACUGCGGGAUAUCUUUCAAAAUGUACUGAAAAGAACAAACGACAUGCCUUUUGUGAUAAACAAUUGUACAGACGCAAUUGCCACAUACAAAAAUCUAAUUGAAUGUCUGGAUCAUUACACUGUGAUAUAAUAUUUCAUUGAGAAUGUUCCUGAAAUUGCAUGAUAAAUAGUAAAUCAUUUUUAGUUAUUCUAAGUAAUCUCAUGUACAUUUCUAUAAAAUCGAUUCUUUGUUUAACAUCCGAUAAACCAACUAUUUGUCAACUAUUUCAGGGAAUUUUUUACAUAUAUAGAAGUCUUUAAGUGUUUUAUGAUAAUGCUUUAGACAAGUAAGAAACAAAAAGUAUAGAAAUUAUCGAUAUGGUAAUUGCUACUAUUAAGAUCUAAAUGUGUUCUAAAAGAUUAAUAUCAAAUGUCAGAAUGAAGAAUAAUUUCUUCUUUUCUUUCAACAUUAUUUAUAUGAUUUUAAUAAAACAUCUAAAAGUGCGUACGAUGAAAUAAACAUGCUAUACAACGAUCGCUUAAAUAAAUUAUUAUACUCUGAGCGAACACGGUCGUAUACAUAUAUCGUUUACAACUUACAAGAUAGGAAUGCUAUUUUCACAGAAUAAUUCACAGAUAAUAGUUUAAACUAACGGUAUACGAUACUUAACAGUUUCGAAUUUCCUCAGUAUUGUUCUCUUUUAAAAUUGAUUUUGUAAUAACCAGUGUAUGAAGAGCAUUCGAUCCCUUAGCUAUUUUUAAAUAAAUGCGUAAUAAAAUUUUA